AUGGUGAAGACGGAGGACUGCUCAUCGUCGUCGGCUCAUUGCCCUAACCGGACAUGCAUGGGCGACGGCGGCGACGGCGACGGCGACAUGUCGACGUCCUACGACGCCAACAACAUGUACGUAGUCCGAUCAUCGAAAAAUCGCGGGUACCACGCGCCGCCGCGGAGCUACGGCAGGGAGAGGGAGAUAUGCAAGGCGGAAAAGUCGAUAAUGUGGCACUCAAAACGGGAGCUUAAAAGGAGGAGGAGAAUCGUCAAAUAUAAUCUGUAUUCCAUGGAAGGCAAAAUGAAGGAUUCUUUCAACAAUGGCUAUCGUUGGCUCAAACGUGAGUGUUUCAGAAUUUUUCAUGGAUUUUAA